AUGAUAUUCAGAAUAUUGAAUGCAUUUCUUCUCCUCAGCAUUGCAGUUCACGCAUUUUAUUUGCCGGGUGUUGCACCAACAUCAUAUCAACCCGGUGAUGCUGUGGAACUAUUUGUGAAUCACAUUACACCAACUGUUCCAUACGAUUCACACGAUGAAAAGAGAUAUUUGUAUUCAUAUGAUUAUUAUAAUCCCAAAUUUCACUUCUGUGAGCCAGAAGGAGGCCGAAAAAGACAGUCAGAAUCACUUGGAUCUGUUAUUUUUGGUGACAGAAUUUACAAUUCACCAUUUCAUUUGGAAAUGUUGAAGAACACCACAUGUAAUAUUCUUUGCACAUCAAAAGUUCCACAGAAGGAUACUGAGUUUUUCAGUAAGGCAAUUAGAACAGGAUUCCAAUACAACUGGUUGAUUGAUGGACUUCCGGUGGCUCGAAACAUGGAAGAUUCAAAGACGGAAACAACUUAUUACAGUUCGGGAUUUGCCUUAGGCCUUGUCGACGAGGAUAAUGUUGCCCACCCAUACAACAACUUCAAUCUUUUUGUGGAGUAUCACCUCAGAGAGGAUGGCAACUAUAGAGUGGUUGGUGUGACUGUUUAUCCAGAAUCUUUGGGAUACAAGUCGGAAAGUGAGCCCAAAUGCGAUUCGCCAGAGCUUGAGCCGGUCACCUUCAAUGCAGAGGGUGAAACAAAGAUUACUUACACAUACUCAGUUUAUUGGAUACCAUCUGAUACAGUGUGGGCCACAAGAUGGGAUAAAUAUCUUCAUGUUUACGAUCCAAAGAUCCAAUGGUUCUCUCUAUUGAACUUUGGCUUUAUUGUCAUUGUUCUUUCGACCAUAUUGUUCAACUUGUUAUACCACCAGCUCAACAAGGAGAUCAUAAAGUACAACGAAAUAAACUUGGACGAUGAUGGAAUUGAUGAUUUAGGCUGGAAAAUGGUUUCUGGAGACGUGUUCAGAUCCCCUUCUAAUCCAAUGCUUCUUUCCGUGUUACUAGGAUCCGGAGCUCAACUCGUUCUAAUGGCUGUUGUUACCUGUGGAUUUGCACUAUUGGGAUUGAUUUCACCUUCGAACAGGGGCUCUUUAUCUACAAUGGUGUUUGUACUUUAUGCAUUGUUUGGAUUUGUCGGUUCUUUCGUCUCUGGAACUGUCUACAAGUUUUUUGAUGGCCAGGAUUGGCGCGUGAAUAUGAUCCUUACUCCAAUACUUGUUCCGGGACUAAUAUUUGCGGCGUUCAUUUUACUCAACUUUUCAUUGAUUUUUGUCAAAUCUUCGGGCGCAGUUCCAAUCGGAACAAUGCUAACAAUUGUGGCCAUAUGGUUUGUUGUGAGUCUUCCACUUUCCUGUUUAGGCUCUAUUUUUGCGCUUAGACGCAAAAGAAUCGAACCUUCUUGCAAGGUCAACCAAAUAGCAAGACAAAUUCCACAUCAGCCAUGGUGUUUAAGGCUUCCAUUUUUGUCGUUGGCGGCCGGAAUUUUCCCAUUCGGAUCCAUUGCAAUCGAGAUGUAUUUUGUGUACAAAUCCCUAUGGUUUAGUCGGAUUUACUACAUGUUCGGCUUUCUUUUCUUCUGCUUCCUUCUCAUGUUGGCCACUACCCUUCUCGUCACAUUGUUGGUGAUGUACCUCAUCCUAUCAAACGAGAAUUAUAGAUGGCAGUGGGGAUCAUUUAUUGUUGGUGGUGGAAUCUCCUUCUACGUUUUCGUUCAUGCCAUUUUACUUUCCAAAUUCCAGAUUAGGGAUCUUGCUUCGAUUAUUUUGUAUGUCGGAUAUUCCUUGCUUCUCUCACUGGGUGUGGGACUCAUGUGCGGAACUGUUGGCUUCCUUGGAUCCAUGGUAUUUGUUUUGACUAUAUAUAAGAGGAUUAAAACAGAUUAG